CAUCGGAGACGCUCUCUGGCGCUCGUUGAAUCUCCGCAGGCUCAGUCGCUCCUUUGUCCUAUCAACAGUCGGCGGUCUUCAGGAGACGCCUCCUUUAGUCACAAUGGGUGGUCAAGUGUCCAAGAUUAUGGGGAAGAUUUUCGGCACGAAGGAGAUGCGGAUUUUGAUGCUGGGUUUGGAUGCUGCUGGAAAGACCACAAUCCUCUACAAAUUGAAGCUCACCAAUCAGGACGUCACCACUAUCCCUACCGUCGGUUUUAACGUUGAAAGCGUCACCUACAAGAAUGUCAAGUUCAAUGUUUGGGAUGUUGGUGGACAGGACAAGAUCAGACCCCUCUGGAGACACUACUAUUCUGGUACACAAGGAUUGAUUUUCGUCGUGGACUCCAGCGACACUGCUCGUUUGGAGGAAGCUCGCUCCGAACUUCACAAGAUUAUCAACGAUCGCGAAAUGAAGGAUGCUCUUCUGCUGGUCUUUGCCAACAAGCAGGAUGUUCAAGGCCACAUGAGCCCCGAGGAAGUUACUCAAGCGCUACAGCUCACCAAGUUGAAGGAUAAGCUGUGGUACGUUGCUCCAAGUGUCGCAACGGAGGGAACUGGUAUCUUUGAGGGCCUGGCAUGGCUCUCCAACAACGUCAAGACGCAACCUCAGAAAUAAAACAGCCGCCAGCCAACACCUGAGCCGCAAAAUUUGGAGGCCAUCUGCACGGCCU